GCCGAAGAGUGUGGUUAGCAAGAUGAACAAAGAUGUGCAGAUGAGAGCAGUGAUUAACCAAAAAUUGAUAGAAACUGGAGAAAGAGAAUGCCUCAAAGAGUUGCUGAGAGCUAAAUUAAUUGAAUGUGGCUGGAAGGACCAGUUGAAGGCACACUGUAAAGAGGUAAUUAAAGAAAAAGGACUAGAACACGUUACUGUUGAUGACUUGGUGGCUGAAAUCACACCAAAAGGCAGAGCCCUGGUAUCUGACAGUGUAAAGAAGGAGCUCCUACAAAGAAUAAGAACAUUCCUUGCUCAGCCUGCCAGCCUUUAAGAUUGAAUUAGGUUG